AUGGCCGAUGCAAUUGUUUCCCCGCUACUAGAAAAGUUGGCUUCAACAACUUAUCAAUACGUAGCGGGCGAGGUGAAACUCGUUCUGAACGUUAAGAAAGAAGUUGAAGAAUUCGCCUGGAAUCUCCAAGCUAUUGAAUCUGUGCUUGAGGAUGCAGAGCGAAGGCAAAUGAAGGAGGCUAACGUGCAAAACUGGCUGGACAACUUGAAGGAAAUAUCGUACAUGAUGGUGGACGUGCUGGAUGAGUGGCACACUGACAUCCUGAGACAAGAAGUUGAGAAACAAGAUAGAGAAGGUGCAGAUCAUCUUGCUCCUCAGAGGAAGGUAAGUUUCUCUAUUUUCGCUCGUUGCUUUUGUCUUGGCCAAGUCGGGAAGGUUAUUGUUCGUCGUGAAAUUGCUCUCAAGAUAAAGGAUCUAAAUGUGAGGUUAGCUGAGAUUUAUAAGCAAAGAAAAAUGUAUAGUUUUCAACCCACUGAAAAAGUCAUCCAAAAACAGCAAACUUCGUCUUUUGUCGAUAUGUCUGAGAUAUUUGGUCGAGAAAAGGAAAAAGAUAGUUUGAUAAGGAAGUUGGUGAGUGAUAGUAGUGAAGAAGGGAAGGGGCUCCUCAUCAUCCCUAUUGUAGGGAUGGGAGGCAUGGGAAAGACAACUUUGGCUCAGUUAGCCUAUAAUGAUGCCAAAGUUAAAGCUCAUUUUCGAAAGAGAAUAUGGGUUUGUGUGUCGGAGCCUUUCGAUGAGAUAAGGAUUGCCAAAGAGAUUAGUGGUGAUGCCUCCUCAAGUUCAACUGGGUUGGAUCAUGUCUUAGAAUCUAUGUCUGAAUCCAUUAAGGGGGUAAAGUUUCUUCUUGUGUUGGAUGAUGUGUGGACCGACGAUCGCAAAAAGUGGGAUCAAUUAAAGGUUCCAUUGAUGCAAAAUGGGGCUGAGGGCAGUAGAAUACUAGUAACCACCAGGAAGCAAAAUGUUGCUAGUAUGAUGAGAGCAACCUCUCACAUGAUCAAUCUUGCAGAGUUGAGCGAACAAAAUUGUUUGUCAAUCUUCAAUCAUAUGGCAUUUUCUGGUAGAGAAGUAGACGAGUUUGAGGUGUUUGGAGAUAUCAGUAGGGAAAUUGUAAAAAAGUGCAAGGGUUUGCCACUUGUUGCAAAGACUCUAGGUAGUAUGAUGCAGGAUAAGAAAACAAGGAAUGAAUGGUUGGACGUUCUGAAUAGUAGAAUAUGGGAUUGGGAAGAAGUGGAGCAAGAAGUUUUCCAGCCAUUGUUUCUAAGUUAUUACGAUUUGGCGCCAAGAAAUAGAUGUUGCCUUUUAUAUUGUGCUAUUUUCCCGAAAGAUUAUGAAUUUAGUAGGGAUGUGUUGAUUAAUUUUUGGAUGGCACAAGAUUAUCUUAAUUCCAGGGAGAAUAAAGAUAAAAGAAAAAUUGGUUAUGCUGUGUUUGAUAAUUUAGUUGCGCGGUCAUUUUUUCAAGACUUUAAGAAAGACAUUCGCACUGGUGCAAUAAUAGGUUGCAAAAUGCAUGACAUUGUACAUGACUUUGUGCAAUUUAUCACCAAGAAGGAAUGUUUGAUUACGGAGUCUGAGGGAGCAAACCAAAAAAUAGAUAUAUUGGGCAGUAAGGUUCACCAUUUGACCUUAACGUCUAUAGCUGAUAGUCAAGCUUUACUUUCUAUCACUUCAAUUGCAAAAAUCUACGCACGCUUGUAA